AUUUCCUCUCUCUUCACCAUGUACAAUAAUGACCUUUCCAACCCAACGACAUCCUCAUAUUCCUGGCACCAGUCUCACGAUCAAGCCACCGUUCUACUCUUAAUCCCACACUCGACGACCGAGGCGGAUAUUCAUGUUGAAAUCGAGAGCACUGGACAGUUCAUCAUAGCUGGGCUUCACGGGCAGCCGCCUAUUCUUAAGGGUCGUCUAUAUGCCCCGGUGGAUGGCAAUGCAUCGCUGUGGCAGCUUGAACCACUGACGCGUUCACGCUUAUCCGCCCGUGAGCGAACCAAUUCAACUACAUCAACUGCCUCCUCCAAUUCUGGGUCUUCAUACGCUUUCGUUUCGGAUAACGAACUGUCUAGCAGCUUUGUUGCUUCACUGGAGACCUCUGAUGUCGAGGAUGGAUCAACGGGCGAAACUAGCCCCCGUAGAAUCCAAUCCCACCCGGUCUCGCGGUCCGUUUCUCCAGGGCGUGCUCUACAAAGUCUCACAACUUCAUCUUUCUCGUCGCUGGAAUCGUUGCAUUCACGACACUCGCGUUCUGGCCGAUUACUGACAAUUCACAUCGAAAAGAAGAAUUCAAGCAUCUGGCCGUCACUCAUUGUGGGGCCGGCCCCAGACUCGCUGUCUCCCUCGAUCUCCAACACUGUUGUGUUUGACGCGAGCGAAGAGCUGGAACAUCAAUAUAAUAUGGAUCCGACAAGCCUGACGCUGAUAGCGCAGGAGCUAUUAGACAUCCAAAAGAACAAGGAGGAGGCUUUUGAGUACUUUCUGCGUGCAUGGCACCAGUCCCACUCACCGACGGCUACCAUAAAAUUGGUCACCCAUUACGUUCCGUUGAAGACAACAGUUAGUUUGCCUGAAAGCGAGAAGCCUGCGUCAAGAGGGACUAUAUUGUACUACGCCCAAUGUUUGGGCAGCGACAGCGGACUUGCACAGCUUUACCUUGAAGCUGGUCUCCUUCAUCUGGAAGGAUUGGCUGCAAGCCUGCUCACGUCUUCUGCUUCGAGCCUCGCCUCUCUUCGAGUGCCUAUCCCCGUCCAGUCUGCUGACAUAAGCGGGACGGAAGCCUGGAAGAGAGAUCGCGAAGCUGCAGCAACCUAUUUCGAAAGAGCUCGUCUCCUGCAACCGAGCCUCGAUAUUCCCGUUUUGCCGCCGGCAAACUCACGUGAUCCCUCUGAGCACCUGGAGAUGCCCUCAAUUGACAUACAGGCUGCUUUCUACGCAGAUCCCAUGCACAAACGCAAACCCAAAGAGUCGGAGUCAAGUCUAUUCGGCAAUCGCGACUCCAAGUUGUCGGAUGAGUACGACAAUACGUGGUAUCUUUAUGUUCCGGGGUUGGUUGGAGCUGGGACUGCGUUACUUGUUGUGGGAGUUAUUACAUUUUCCUUGAUGACCACAUGGACUGUCGACUUCCUGCUUCCUCAGACGACCACCAUAACAACAACACGCGCUCUUAUCGUUCUGAACCAGCCGUUCUCUAAAGCCCUCUUUCUAAGAGUGUGGAACUCGUCGCAAUGGCGGUGUUGUGCAGAUGGUGGCGCUAAUCGCCUCUUCGAUAUUCUCGGUGAAGAACGCGUAUUCUAUCUGCCCCAGCUUAUCAAAGGCGAUUUGGACUCUCUGCGGCCUGAUGUAAGGAAAUUCUACGCGUCCAAGGGAGUUCCAAUCGUUGGAGACCCCGACCAGGACUCGACAGACCUCAUGAAAUGCAUAUCUGUCAUCGACGAGAAGGAAGCUUCGGAAAAUAAGAAAUACGACAUUGUCCUCCUCGGUGGGCUUUCAGGACGAUUGGACCAAACGAUACACACCCUCUCGUAUUUGUUCAAGCUGCGGAAGACGAGAGAACGUGUGUUUGCAGUCACGGACGAGAACGUUGGCUGGGUGCUAGAUGCUGGGGAGCAUACGCUUUCCGUAGACCAUUCUAUCCUCGGGCCUACAUGCGGGUUGUUGCCUGUUGGCGUUGAUUCAACCAUAUUAUCCACGAGUGGGCUUAGAUGGAAUCUUUCACAGCAGGAAUCGUCGUUUGGUGGUCUUGUCUCUACGUCAAACCAUCUCGUGCCCAGCGAGGAGAGAGUGUGGAUUAGAACAUCGCGUCCUAUUUGGUGGACAGCAGAACUUCGUUUGCUUACGUAG